AUGUCCACCCGCCUCGUUUUUCGCCGCCACAACCACUAUAAUACCGCCUCUAACCGUGUGAGGCGCGUGAAAACCCCAGGCGCCAAGGUCGUCUACCUCAAUGUCCGCAAGCAGGCUUCUCGCCAAAAGUGUGGGGGAUGCGGAAGGCUCCUUCCUGGAAUCCCUGCCCGUCGCCCACCCCAGUUCAGACUCUUGAAGAAGCGUGAAAGGACAGUUAACCGCGCUUACGGAGGCACCCGCUGCCACUCGUGCGUGCGCGAAAAGGUGCUCCGUGCUUUUCUUGUUGAGGAACAGAAGUGCGUGAAACAAGUCUUGCAAGUUAAAGAAAGGCAAAAGAGGGACGAGGUGAAGACGGAGAACAAGAAGAGCAAGAAACGCUCAACCAAGUAA